AUGGAAGACCCUAAAAGUCUAUCUGUUGUCGCUGUGUUCCAACAGAAACUCUUUGGGUCCGGAUUUGGUUGUUUCCUGGUGUUGACCACUAAUUCUUCGAUUGUUACGCCUAUGCAUAUUCUUUCCGAUACCAUGACUGAGAAUGAGGAGCCUGUGGGGACUGAAUCUGUGGACAUGGAAGCAAGUAUCCCGAGUCCUCCUACUUCAUCGGGUCGUAUGUUCCUUUUCUUUCUUUAUCGAUUUUUUCUUCCUUUUCUCUUUUUUUAUAUGCUUUUUGGAUCCUUGUUACAAUUCUCUUACUUAUUGAUUGUGCAACCAUUGUCUUAA